GCGGGGCGGGCCGGGAAGCGGCCGCCGCUCCUCCCCUGGCUCUGCCCUUCCGCCCUGCGCUCCUCUCCGGUAUAAAUCGGCGGCCGCCGCCCGCCGCGCUCCGGCCCCAUGGAGCGGCAGCGGCAGCGGCAGCCCGGCGCUGGCAGCGGCGCGGUCCCGGCGGCGAGCGCAGGCCGCCAGUCCCCCGCCGGGAGCCAUGAGCGCGGGCAGCGUCGCCCCGGGCUGGCCUGAGGCGCUGCCGGCCGCGGCCCGGCCCGCAGCGGGGAUGAGCGGCAGCGAGAGCCCCGAGGGGCCCGGCGACGGCCCCGAGCUGCAGCUGAAGGUGGAUUUCUUCCGCAAGCUCGGCUACUCCUCGGAGGAGAUCCGCGUCGUGCUGCAGAAGCUGGGCCUGGGCGCCGACACCAACACGGUGCUGGGGGAGCUGGUGAAGCACGGCCCGGCCGAGCGGGACGGCCCCGAGGCCCCGCCCGAGCCCGGCGAGGCCCCGCUGGUCCCUCGGGGCGGCGCCGGCAACAAACCCCCCGCGCCCGGCCCCGAAGAGACGGAGAGCGACAACCUGAAGCCCAUCGUCAUCGAUGGCAGCAACGUGGCCAUGAGCCAUGGGAAUAAAGAAGUGUUCUCCUGCCGAGGUAUCCUUCUGGCUGUGCAGUGGUUCUGGGACAGGGGACACAAGGACAUUACAGUCUUUGUGCCAUCGUGGAGGAAGGAGCAGCCCCGACCAGAUGUACUCAUAACAGACCAGCACAUCCUGCGCGAGCUGGAGAAGAAGAAGAUCCUGGUGUUCACGCCGUCGCGGCGCGUGGGCGGCAAGCGCGUGGUGUGCUACGACGACCGCUUCAUCGUCAAGCUGGCACACGAGUCCGACGGCGUCGUGGUGUCCAACGACACCUACAGGGACCUGCAGAAUGAGCGGCCCGAGUGGAAGAAGUUCAUCGAGGAGCGCCUGCUGAUGUACUCCUUUGUCAAUGACAAGUUUAUGCCUCCAGAUGAUCCCUUGGGGCGUCAUGGCCCCAGCCUGGAUAACUUCCUCAGGAAGAAACCUGUGGUUCCAGAGCACAAGAAACAGCAGUGCCCUUAUGGGAAAAAAUGCACUUAUGGAAUUAAGUGUAAGUUCUACCAUCCUGAAAGGAUCAACCAGCCCCAGCGCUCGUUAGCUGAUGAGCUCCGUGCCAACGCAAGGCUGUCUCCAACCAGAAGCACCAGUGCCAAGGAGGAGAAAAAGGGGAAACGGGGUUCCCAGGUAGAGCUCUUGUGCUCCGUGCCCACAGAGAGUGACAAGAGCUCCUUACAGAAGGUCUCUGCAGAGAGGAAGAGCUUGGCCCACAAGGCCAAGCCCAGCGACGUGCUUCAGGCCAAAGGCUGCGUGUCAGGCAGCGUCUCCCCUGACAGGUACCAGCAGCCUCCCAUGGACUCUCUGUCUUACAUCUCUCAGGAGCAUCUCGACUCAGGCAUCGGGUCUCUGGAGAACCAGCUGUCUGACAUGUGGCCCCACAGAUGUUCCAGCCACUGUGACCAUUCCCACGCGGAGCCGGUGGCCGUCUGCACCUGCGGCCGGCAGAGACCUGUCUACCCACAUUCCCCCAGCCUGGACCAGAACGGCCUGCUCUCUUACAAGCCCAGCUCCCGUAAAUCCUCCUCCUCUGGUGCUAGCUUCUUGCAGUACGGCCCUGAGAUGCCUCACUCAGGAGCAGCCCCCUCGUUCUCAGGCUACGCCGUGCCCGCGGGGCAGUACAGCCUGCCCGGGGAGUUUGGUGGUGCCGCGCUGCCGCGCUCGCGCGAGUUCUGGUCCGAGCCGUUCGUGCCGGUGAGGGCCCCGGGCGUGCCCGACCCCCGGGCUGUGCAGAGAGCCCCGGGCCCGGCCUACGGGGACUCGGGGCCCUGGGCUGGCUCGGAGCAGUUCGCAGAGGAGAGGGCCAGCGUGCACGUCAAGCUCUGCGGCAUCUUCCACCCGCACCUGGUGGAUGCCGUGAUGAGCCGCUUCCCGCGGCUGCUGGACCCCCAGCGCCUGGCAGCAGAGAUCCUCACCUACAAGGCCCAGAACCCAGGUGUGUGAGGCAGGCGUGGGGGGAGUUUGAGGGGCUGGUUUUGCCUCUGCAGCUGCCAUGGAUGCCUUCUGAGUGCUCCUUCCUCCUUUGGAAGUGCUGGGCUGCAGCUGGAGGCUGGGUGCCAGGCGUGUGCUCACAGCACGCUCUGCUCCAGCUGUCACCACGUGCCUGUGGGAGAGGUGAGAGCAGUCCCACCUCCCCCAGGGGCUGCCAAGCAGGGGGAGAGGCUGCAGCUCUGGAGCAGGACUGUUCCCUUGGGGUUCACGGGAGUCUGGCACACCCUGAGUUCCUGCAGUUGGCCAUGACUGGAUGUGAGAGAAGUGGUUCUGCUUUUGUAGUGGCCUAAGGCUAGUUUCUAGUUUCUGAGGACCCAAGUGCCUUGUCAAUGCUGUUGUUAGGUCCUGACUAAGCUUCUUCAUUAAAUCCCACCAUUCAGACAAAUGAUGGGUUUUUAAUGUAGUCUGAAGCUGGGUUUUUCUGACUGGUUUUACUGGUGCACUUCUCAAAUGAUGUUUUCCACACCCCUCUCACCUCAGCUUAUCUUCCUGAGAUGAGGGAGUUGUGCCACAUGGACCACAAGUGCUUGGUGAGCUGCCCAGCUCCCAGGGGCACAGUCCUUGCUCAGGAGGAGCAGCAGGACCCUGCUCCAGAGCUGUGUGAGUUGUCAGCAUGUGCUGACAACAAGAGCAGAGGUGGGUGAGCUGAGCGUGCUGUGAGUGCUGCUCUGGAACUGUCCCUGUCCCAGGCUGGCUCUGUACAGCACUGACACAGAUUUAUUAUGUGCCUUUUGCCUUCAGACAGCAAUAGAACAGCUGCAGUCACAUCUGGACUGCUGCCAGGGGCCUUCCCGAGGAGUCUUUAAUAUUUUAUGCUGUAAAGCUGUUGCUUCAUCUUCUUCCUCACCAAUAUUCCCCUGUCCCCUUUGGCUGUGCCCAGCAUCCAGAAUUGUAGAGUAAGACUUAUUUGGCAAGACUGUUCCUGUUUUAUUUCCUCAGUAAGAUAUUUUCUAUUGUAGGUACUGUAAGAGAUUUUAAAUAUGCAAAACCAAUUGCUGUAGUAAUUGGUUCUGGUCCUGGAAUUUUGGUGUGCAAGGGAUGCAGAAACGUUCCUGGCCAGAAGCAGUUGAUUUGUUGAUACACAUUGUAUCUGUGUGUGUUGUUGUUUUCUAAAUACAAUACGCCCUUCUGUGGUUAAACCAAGGUCAUUAUUGAGUGACAAAUUAGGAAGGGGAGAGUGGAAGGCAGCUGGUCCUGAAGCCCUCCUGGGAGCAGUGUCUGUUCCUGCUCUUCCCUCUGAUGUCCAAAGAAUGACCUGCCCAGACUGGCACCAUGUGCCAAGAGACCACAGGGACACAGAAACCUGUAUACCUGGUGAAUAAUGAUACAUUACAAAUUAGUAAUGUUUCAUGUUAGUAAGCAAAAUGCUUCUUAAUUUUAAGUAACCUGAUACUUUGCAUAUUUGUAAAUUACAGAAGAAAAAUGGUUUUUAAUGUUAUUGUUCAGCACCUUGCUGCUUGCAGUUUUAAUCAAUGCUGUUCUCACCUCAGCCAUAUGUUACUUGGCAAGGUGGGUUUGGGUUUCUGGUGGAAUGCUGGUAUCUGCUGCCUCUCUUGCAAUGAGAAAUUAACAUUUUGUACUCCCAGCUGACACUUGCUGAACUUUCUGUAUCACUGUGCAGUAUAGUCAUGUACUGAAAAGCCAUGGCAAAGAAGAACUGUGUUAUAUAAAUAAAAACUGCUGAGUUGA